AGAGGGAGGCGUCGGCCGUGGCCGCCGCCGCCGUUGCCUCGGCAGCCGGCCGGAGUCCGAGCGGCAAGACGGCUAGUCCGAGCCCGGCCGCCGGAGCCAUGACGAGGCACUGCUUGCCCGCGCGGCCCGGCUCCUCCUCGGGGCCGCCGCCGCCUCACUACCAUUUUCGGCUGGCGCCGCUGCCGUUUCCGGCCCCGGCCGUCGGGGUGACAGGACGGGAACGCUCCGGGGACAGAAAUCAGUCCAUUACAGAUUUCUUCAAACCAGUUCCAAAGCAAGAUAGACUGGUGUUGGGUUCUACACAGGGAACUGAAGUGAAAUAUGGGGAAGCUGAGAGACCACUCACCAGCACUGAAAAGUUUGGAAAGAAAACCUCCACAGCCAAAAAAAAAAAAUGGAGAAAGAUACCUAUUUCCUCACCAACCAAGAGUCCCAUAAUAGAGGCUUUUAUGAAAGGCAUUAAAGAGCAGGAAGAUUGCGCCGAUAUAUCUAAGGCUGAUAGGCUCAGUGCAGCACUGAACACCAAAUAUCCGAAGGUGGUGGUUCGAAAACUCUUUAUUUCCACUGGAUCGUCAUACCAUUGUUUGACAGGAAAAGAAAUUGAGGAACUUAAGAAGCAAGAAAAGGCCACAACUCAAGGGAGACCAUCACAUGGUCUUGAAAAAAAUAGGGAGAAGAUGUCCGAAUGUAUCGAUCAAGACCAGACUAAUGCAGGCACCAGAAAAUGGAUCUCAGCUCCGAGUGACAUCUUAAAACAUAAUUGCAAAACAAUUGCCAAUGGGAGCAACUUGCCCAUGUGCCAGCAAGCAGCAGAGUGUUCAAAGAGAGAGCAACAUAGCCAAGAGGAAACAGGUUUUCAGUCCCAAAAACACAGUAGCCAGAAAGGGAAAAUAAAGAAACAGAAGCAGACUAAAAACAAAACAACCAGCUCAGAAAAGACCUUCUCAGACACAAGGAACAUUUCCAAUCAGGAAAAUGGAUCUCCCUCCAAGAUAAGGUCACACUCUGCUUCGCCGGAAGCCGGCUCAGAACGGUCGUCCGAUAAACCUGCAUUUGGUCAGGAAGACCAGCUCCUUGCAGCAACCUGCCCGAAUUUGAAACUUUCAGCAGAGUGCUCUGAGCAGAAAGCCUUUCCUGGAAAACGAAAAAGGAACUCUGUGGACAGGGAUCUAAAGAGCAUAAGUAAAUCUGUGAAACAAAAAGCAUGUGAACCCUCUCUUAGACCACAGACUGGACAUCAGAAUGGAAAGUGGGCUCUUGUAGAGCACAAAGGCCCAGAGAGUCCCAUGGCCUUGGAGGAGGGUGUUCUCCCCUUCAGAAAAGACUCUCAGGAUGACCACUUGGAUAGAGAAGAUAACUUCUCUGCAGACUUAUCACCGCUUCCCAGAAAUGAUGAUCAGAUCCACGUUGGAAAUUCCAAAAAAGAUCAGUUGGAAUCCGACUUGCUCUGCCCUUGUCAGCAGUCCACUGAAGCUCGACAAGACUCUGGAUCUGAAGUAACUGAUGGCCUUGAGGAAGCUCCAACUUGCCCAAGCUCUGUGAAUUUAAAAGAGAUCAAACGCCCUCCUUCUCCCUGUGACUCGAACUCUACGUGCUCUCCGGUAUCAGACAGUCAAAGUUAUGUUGCCUCACCCUCUAAGAAAGAUAGAGAGUGUGCGUUAUCCAAAGGAAGGAGUGAUUUGUAUUUUCCAGAUUUUUCCCAAACAGCAAAAUGGAGUCCAGAGGAAUACAAACAAAGGCCUUGCAGUGCUGGCACUGAUCCCUCUUCUGAGGACACGUCUCGAGAAUCUUUAUCUUCACACAGUAGUAGGCAGGCAAAGAGAUCAUCAGUGCCUUGUGUGGAAAAUUCGUCGUGCAGUAGCCCAAGCAUUUCAGGGCCUUCAAAGGUAGGGAAUUUGGAAAAAUCUAGUGGAAACAGAGAUGCACUGAGUAGAAAACUAAAGAGCAGUUUUGAUAGUGAGGAUGAAAAUGUUAUUUGCAACCUGGACAGCAAUGAGGAAGAAGAAGUUUUGGAACCCGCAAAUGAAAUCUUGUCUUUGAAAGCCAAUCCACCUCCUGCAGACCGAGAAGAAGCUCCUGUCCUUUCCCAAGAGGUCAAAACUCCAUCACUGACAUCAAGCUUCCCUAUCAUGACUUAUGAGAACAGUUUAGAGCGGCUACUGAAGGAGAAGGAAGAAUUGCAAAGGUUAGAUGACCUGGAGAAGCAGCUUGAAGAAGAUAUUAGACAAGAAUGUGAGGUAAAAUCCAUAAUUAAGACUGAAGAGGAAGAAAGUGCCGACGAAGAUGGUGAUCUCUCAGAUGAGCACAGGGAGUUCAUAAAGAAGUUUUCCAUCACUGUUGACGUCAUACCUGAUUACCAUCCUGGCGAAGAAAUAUUCCACUUGCUGAACUCUGGAAAACUCUUCAGUCAGUAUACUCUGGACUUAAGGAAUUCAGGUUUUACCCCACAGAAUGCCGUAGAAAAUCUCAUCUUUAGUUCUGGAAAAACCCAGCAAAUUUUCUUAACAACCCAAGGCUUUCUCAGCAGUGCAUGUCACUAUAAGCAGUGCCCGGUACCUAUUUUAAAGUGGUUGUUUCAGAUGAUGUCCGUUCAUACAGACUUCAUUGUUUCCAUACAGAUUUUAAAUACAUUGAUGGAAAUUACAAUUAGAAAUGACUCCACCAGUAGUCCAUCAUUUUGGCCUUGGAUCCCAUCACUGUCGGACAUAGCUACAGUGUUUGUCAACAUGGGAGUCGGUUUUAAAUCCUUAUUUCCGCUGCAGAAUCUUCAGCCUGACUUUAGUGAAGAUGACAUUUUUUCUGAAAUACAAAUGACUUCAGAGAAAGAAAGCAGUGGAGAUUCCAGUGCAGAGCCCAUUUUUACAUGUCUCCCCGAAAACAACAUAGUUAACGUGGUUAAGUUUUUAGGCUUGUGUACGGCUAUAUAUCCAGGAGGCUACGAGGAUCAAGAAAUACUCCUGUUGCUCAUCCUGUUGUUUAAAAUGAGUCUGGAAAAGCAGCUAAAGCAGAUUCCGUUAGUGGACUUCCAGAGCCUCCUGCUAAACUUAUUGAAAAACAUUAGAGAUUGGAAGGCAAAGAUGCCUGAACUUUGCCUGGCCGUAAGCAAACUUUCCAGUCAUCACCAUAAUCUUCUGUGGUUGGUGCAGUUGAUCCCCAGCUGGACAGCACGAGGAAGGCAAGUGAGACAACAUCUUAGCCUAGUGAUCAUCUCAGAGUUUCUUGGUACGAAGCAUGAAGAGAUCCCAAAUGCCAGUGACCUUCAGAUGUCUCUCCUCUGCCAGUACCUUGUUAAGAUGAAGCCUUCUAACUUGUUAAAGAAGAUGAUAGCAGAGAGAAGAGCGGAACAGCAAGAUGACCUUAUCGAAGAGUCUCUACACGUAAAACUUGAACAACAGGCAUAUUACCUGACAUAUGUACUGCUCCAUCUAGUCAACGAAGUUACUUGUUCUCAUGCUUUUUCUUCCCCACAAAGGAAAUACUUACUGCAGCUCUGUGGUUCCCUGGAAAAGCAUGUUAAAUGUGAUAUUAGGGAAGAUGCAAGGCUUUUCUACAGAACUAAGGUAAAAGAUUUAGUUGCUAGGAUACAUGGAAAAUGGCAAGAUCUCAUCCAGAACUCUCAACCUAUUCAGGGAAAACUGUAUGACUUCUGGGUGCCGGAUUCUUAACAGGAGCUGGAGCAACUCAAAUGGUAAACUGUGAGGAAGGGAACAAACACCUCCCCUGGAAACCCAGGAAAUAAAGGAAUGAAAAUGUUUAACAAGCCAAAUGGCUAGGCCUUGGCGGGGAAUAGAAACCCAACUGCUCCACUUGAAUCUCAGUUUCUGGAUGAGGUCGGUAAUGAAGAACCGCUUCUUUCUGGAGCCGAUCUAAAAUGCGGAUGGAUCUAAUUUUGAAGACGGUCAGUCCUGCUAAAGAAGCAAAAUCGGGCCAUACUAGCCUUGCCAUGAUUCAAUUGUGUGUGAGGACUGGGUGGUUUUUCCUUAACUUGUAGCUAGUCAGAAAGCUGGGUGUAACCAAAUUCCAUAUGCCACCUCCUCUCCAAAGAGAAAACAAUUGCUGCCGAUGAAUCCCCAGGGGCUCCAGCUUUGGGAAAGGAAGGCCGUGGUCCCAUUGGAUGAAGUCCUGAGAGUCCCACAAAACGGAAGGGGUUUUCUUUUAGACAUGACCUUUUUUUUGUCCCCUUUGAAAAAGCGUGUACUGGAAAGGGAAACGCGAUCGUUUUUUGAACAGAAAAUGCAGAAGCAUAGAAUUUGGGUGGGGAUUAUAGGAUCUUAUUACAGAAGAGGAAGGUCUGCAACUUGAGGGACUCCUUUUGGGGAUCGAAACACCGCCUUUUGGGGAUCGAAACACCGACAUGCCUACUUCAGCCAGUACAGUCCUCGAGUAGUUUGUGCCAUUCUGCGUGGGCCAGAACCUUUAGGGAGAGUCUCUAGAUGCCUGCCUUUUCCAAGCCUGUUCCAAAAGGAAAUCCAGAGAGCACUCUCUCUCUGCUCAUCAGAGAAAUUUCACUGCCACUGACAGAGCUGCAGGGGGGCUCUUAAUCUGCUGAUGGACCCUUUGUGUACUGGAAAACAAGCCACUGCCGGCGAAAAACCUCCCCACCAGAAAAAGCUCUUUCGGGAAUAAUUGGAGACCUAUCGCCCCUUAGAUCUACAUGCUGAGUUUGUGUUUGACUUGGCCGACUCAGGGGUUAUUUCCAGGUUUUGUAAGUGACGGGAUUUUGAAGAUCUUUUGCUAGCUGAGCAGAAAAAUUGUUUUUCCCUCUGAUUGCUCAAUUUUACACCAGCUUAUCUUUUCAAUAUUGGCUCAUGUGAUGGGGCAACAUUCUCAGUACUAAAACGCAAGCAAAAUGAGAGAAUGGGGAGAAAUGGUGGAAUCUUAAAGUUUGGAAAAAAAAAAGUUUAAAGAAAGGGAUGAUGGGUAAAUGUACUCCAUCUGGAACUUGCCAUUGAAGUUAGGCAACUUCUCAUUUCAUGCUUUGAGCAAUUUAAUCAGGAUAAGAUUGGGAUUCAGCAUGCUGGCAGAAGAGGCACAUACAUGAUCUGCCAGGAGGCAUAUUCAUAUUUGGAUGUAACCAUUUUCUGUAUUUCCCCUAUCAGCAGUGAUCCUCCAACAUCAAUCACUAACUACCUGGUAAGGGUAUGGCUACAAAAUAGCACUGAUUGGGUAAGAAUUGAAGUGAUUAGUUUGGCAGAGGAUUGCCUUCUCUGAUCUCUGUCCUGUUGUGGAGGCAUCCUAGAUCUUCUGUUCACUCUUGGUUCAGUACUCUGUGGAUUAGUAUUGCCGUUGGUGUCAUUUUAUGUGUCAGCAUUCUCCUUUCAACUGAUUGUGUGAACCAAUUAUAGUGGUGUUGAAUAUACUGCUUUUAUUUACUGUAAUUAGACUGUAAAUAUUUUCUAAUUAUGUACAUUAAAGGGGUGGGAUUGUUGAGGAGGUGGGUUUAUUUUAUAAAUAGACCUUUUGUACUGCAGUUUUAAUAUGGACAAACGGCUACGUUUCUAAUUAAAGAACCACUUUGGUAUGUCUUUUAUGACACCAGUGGGGAAGAAAAUGAUUUUUUAUAAGUUCUCUCUAAUAAAAAAGAAUCUUAUAUGUGCA